AAUAUCAAUCUGAGUAACCGAUUUUCCCGGGCUUUUACCCCUUUCAAAACGACCACAACCCUAUCCCCUGGGAAUCGCCAUCCAACUGAAACAUAACAACCUCUUCUCAUCCUAACCGCCAUCAUUUCCAUGAUUAAUUCAAAAAAUCCUUCACGAAAUCAUCUAAUUAAUCGUCCAUCGUCAAAGCUUACUGUUUUUUUCCUGGCUUCAAUUAAUUUUCAGUGCUCUGAAUCUACAGGUCGCCCCUUUGGAUUUUGCGGCGAACUGUAAUUUCUCGUUUUCGCUCAAGGGUUCAUAACCGUUUGCGUGUUUAAUCGAAGGAGGGAGAAAUUAUUGCUCGAGAAGAUGAAUUAAUUAUUACUAAGAAUGAUAGGAUCCCUUGGGAACUAGUUGAGUUUGAAAUCAAUCGACAAUGGACUACACAGAUAAGUUUAUGUCGAGCGAGCAUCAAGAACAGUUCCGAUCAGCUUUAGAGAGCGCAGAUCCAUCAUCUGUCUCCCCCUUGCUCAUCUCGACAACAUCCCCACGAUCCCCACGAUCACCGAGAGGUAAGCACAUCGGGAGCCCCCUCAAGACUCAAAAGUCCCAUUCUGGGAAAGCUGGUGAUCCCAAAAAAGGCGGUUAUGGUGGGAAAGGGACCUGGGGAGGACUACUUGAUAUGGAAGACCGCCACGUAGAUGAUCCAGACGAUCCGAAUUACCUCAGUGAUAAGGAUGAUGCGAAGCUCUCCACCAGAAGGGAUGAGCAGUUUGAGGAGUUCAAGAAGAAGGCGACAAUCAUGGUGGAGGAAUAUUUUGACAACGAUGAUGUCACCUCGACUGCGAAUGAGCUGAGGGAAGUGGAGAUGCCAGGCUACUACUUCUAUUUUGUGAAGAAGCUGGUCUCCAUUGCCAUGGACAGGCGUGACAAGGAGAAGGAAAUGGCUUCGAUUCUGCUAUCCUCUCUCUAUGGUGAUGUGAUUGAUCCGAAGCAAGUCUACAAAGGCUUUCAGAAGCUUGUGCAGUCUGCAGACGACUUAGUCGUGGACAUUCCUGAUGCGGUUGAUGUUCUUGCCAUGUUCAUUGCUCGAGCCAUUGUUGAUGACAUACUCCCCCCCUCAUUCCUGACAAAGACGAUGGCCUAUUUGAGCAAGGAGUCGAAAGGCGUGGAUGUGAUCAAACGAGCUGAGAAGGGGUACUUGUCAGCUCCUCUGCACGCGGAGAUCAUUGAGAGGUGCUGGGGGGGCAGCAAGAACAAGACGGUGGAGGAUUUCAAGGCGAAGAUAAAUGACUUGCUAGUGGAGUACGUUGUGAGUGGAGAUGUGAGGGAGGCGCGCAGGUGUAUAAAGGACCUGCACGUCCCUCACUUCCAUCACGAGAUAGUGAAGAGGGCUAUCUUGAUGGCUAUGGAGAAGAGGCAGGCGGAAGGGCGGUUGCUCGACUUGCUGAAGAGGACUUGUGAGGAAGGGCUGAUCAAUUCAAGCCAGAUAUCGAAGGGGUUUUCAAGAAUCAUUGACUCUGUGGAUGAUCUGUCUCUGGAUAUUCCAAAUGCAAAGGUGCUGCUGCAGUCGUUGAUCUCAAAGGCAGCAUCCGAGGGGUGGCUGAGCGCCUCGUCCCUGAGGUCACUCUCCCUCCACCCGGGGAGGCAGGUGGUGGAGGACAGCAUUCUCAAGGCGUUCAAGAAGAAGUCCGAGUCAAUAAUCAGGGAGUAUUUCCUGUCCGGGGACAUAUCAGAGGUGAUCUGCUGCUUGGAGUUCGAGAACAGCUCGGGCGUGGCCGAGCUGAACGCGGCAUUUGUGAAGAAACUCAUCACCCUAGCCAUGGAGAGGAAGAACAGAGAGAAGGAGAUGGCUUCUGUGCUGCUAUCCUCUCUGUGUUUUCCAUCAGAUGAUGUGGUGAGUGGUUUCAUCAUGCUGAUAGAGUCAGCAGAGGACAUGGCCCUGGACAUCCCCAUCGUGGUGGAGGACCUAGCCAUGUUCCUGGCGAGGGCGGAGGUGGACGAGGUGCUGACCCCGCAGGAGAUGGAGGAGAUAGGCCGCCACUUCCCCGGGUCCACCUCGGUGGGCAACAAGGUGACUCAGAUGGCAAUGUCCCUCCUGAGGGCGCGUCUCUCGGGGGAGCGCAUCCUGAGGUGCUGGGGGGGCGGGGGCAGCUGCAACAACGGGUGGACAGUGGAGGACGUGAAGGACAAGGUGGGGAAGCUGCUGGAGGAGUAUGCAGCGGGCGGGGACACUCGGGAGGCGUGCCGUUGCAUCAAGGAGCUAGGGAUGCCCUUCUUCCACCAUGAGGUGGUGAAGAAGUGCUUGGUGAUCUUGAUGGAGAGCAAGAAUCAGAGGAUGUGGGGAUUGCUGAAGCAUUGCUUUGAUAUGCAGCUCAUCACCAUGAAUCAGAUGAGUAAAGGGUUUGUGAGAGUGCUUGAUUGCCUUGAUGAUCUGGCUUUGGAUGUGCCUGAUGCCAAAAAACAGUUUAACAAUCUGCUCCGCCAAGCAGCGGAUCAAGGAUGGCUCGACACUUCUUUGCUUCCUCUCAACAACAAUGGUUUUACUUGAAUCAUUUUUCUUGUGUUUUUUGCUGUUGCAUAUCAUAUCAUAAAAUAUUAUUUACAUAUUGCGGGAGAAAAUUUUCACAUUAUACUAUUAUUUAUAUCAUCAAUCGUCAUUAUUCACUAUUUUCUAGAUGAGAUUCAAAUUAAUAAUUAAUGGAAAAAUAUAUCCAUAGCUCUUUCUGCAUUUUAUUAAAAUAUAAAAUUAUUCAAAUAAUUUAAGCAUCUGACAAUAUCAAAUCAAAAUUUCUCGUUCUUUUGAUUGAAUUCAUGUAAAAUUGACAAAUUUAUCGAUCUUUGAUUUAAAAGAUGUUUCCUCAGCACUGGUUUUUUUAUUUAUAUGCAUAAACUUCUUUAUAAGAAUACAAGAGUAUAUUUUUUGUACAGAAUAUUUAUUACUUUUUCGUAAUAAAAUAGGAGUAGUAUAUUUU